AGGCGGACGUCGGGCAUGUCGUAAGAGAUGCCGAGAGCGGCAACAAUGACGGCAGGCGAUAGGAAAUCCGAGUCAGCGGAACGGCGGGGUCGGCUCGUAUAAUCGGAGAAGGAUUUAUGGAUUUACCCCACGAACGCCAUGUGUCCCGCACUGCUGGAGAACGAGGAGCGAUGCCUGGGUGGCGUGACUUUCUUCGCGCAAAGUCACCCGGUGGAGGUGUGCGGCAGCAACGGUCUGCCGCUCACGCCGAACUCCAUAACCAUCUACGGGAAGGCGCAGUUUCUGAAGACCAUCUACCAUCCCCAUCUCUCCCAGUAUCUCGACAUAAUCAGAAGCAAGCACGAGAGGAUCGUGGUCGUUGCGGAGUACAGUGGAGAUCCGUUGAGCACUAGGCAUGAUCUGAGCACAGAGGAGAUCGUCAAGAUAUCCUUUCAGAGUCUCUUAGCGCUGCGACGCAUGAACGAACUAGAUCUGGUGCACAGGCACUUGAAUCCGGAUAACAUAUUGAUUAAGAAGAACGGCGACGUCCAGUUGUACAAUUACGGAUUGUAUUACAUGACAGACGGAGGAAGGAAUGUGUCCUUCCCAAUCGGUUCUCCGAAAUACACGGCGCCAGAGGUAUUUCUGAAUCCCAGUCCGAGCGGUGUCAAAAUAGAUUCCUGGUCCCUGGGGAUGAUUAUAGCGGAGCAACUACUGGGACAGCCCAUCUGGCCUGGCGUAAAAUUGGCCCAGUGCUUGAGGAAAGUUCUGAGCUUGAUGUUGUGCGACACCAGCAUUUUCGAACGUCUUGCCAGGGAAAACAAUUGUUUCCACGCUUAUGAAAAGUUACCAAGGGAGCUGAAGGAAUUCGUAGAUUCGUGUCUGCAAAUUCAUCCUACCAAGCGCAAGACUCCGGAGGAGUUGCUGGAGCUGCCGUUAUUCGCGGAACAUUUGAUGAGAAAUAUACAGGAAACGGAAGAAAAUCUCUAUAAGAAUGUUAUUGUUAGGAAAAUGGACGAGUUGUAUUAUCUGUGGCAAUUGGCCGGCGGGGAUAUUACUGUGGAUCUAAAGAAGCAGAGUCUCAUUAGAUCAAGGCCACCUAUCUUAACUAUUCCAAAUUUAGUCAUAUUACUUGGCCACAUGUUUGGCCAGAGAGACACCGCUAGUCUGCUCGAUGUAAGAGUCGUGAAAGUUCCUAUGGAGACUCUUCGUCAGCGUUUAGCUCAUAUCCCAUACAUAGCGAACUACCCUUGGUUGACAAACCAAAUGCGAGUUCAGGCGCAGGAAGAUCUGACGAAUGCCGCGUCACAAUUGCCAUUGAUCAUCAGGGAGCGCGACACGGAGUAUCAGUUUUACAGGCUCGUCCUGUUCGACAGACUUUUGCAGGCUUAUCCGCUCACUCAGGAGGCAAUAAUCGAGGAGGCGCACAAGGACAUACCGCCCCCGGUUAGAGGUGCCGUAUGGGCGGCUCUGCUUAGUAUCACCGGCGACAUACAGAAGCGUUACGAUAUGAUCGAUAAGGAAACGCCCACUCACACCGAUCGGCAGAUAGAGGUGGACAUACCGAGGUGCCAUCAGUAUAGCGAAUUGCUGUCAUCCGGCGCUGGGCAUGAACGAUUGCAGAGAUUACUGAAGGCGUGGGUCAGAAAUAAUCCACAUUACGUCUACUGGCAAGGACUCGAUUCGCUGACAGCGCCGUUUCUUUAUUUGAAUUUUAACAACGAAGCUCGAGCUUUCGCGUGUCUCUCGACCUUCAUACCGAAGUACCUCCACAAGUUCUUUCUGAAAGACAACUCGGCGGUGAUACAGGAGUAUCUGGGCAAGUUCUCCCAAAUCAUCGCGUUCCACGAUCCCCAAUUGGCGAAUCAUCUGAAAUCCAUAAACUUUGUACCGGAGCUCUUUGCCAUACCGUGGUUCCUAACAAUGUUUUCACAUGUAUUUCCGCUGCACAAGAUAUUACAUCUAUGGGAUAAACUAUUGCUGGGAGACUCGUCGUUUCCUCUCUUGGUUGGAUUAGCGAUAUUGAAGCAACUGCGAGACUCCUUACUGAUGUCGGGUUUCAACGAGUGCAUUCUCCUGUUCUCCGAUCUGCCCGAGAUUGACAUCGAAUUGUGCGUUAAAGAUUCCAUGACAAUGUAUCAAAAUACACCCGCUAGUAUUACGUAUAGAAAACACCAGUACAAUACAACGAAGGAUGCAAACUGGAUUGAACCCGAAGCGGGAACCGAGAAAAUGCCGAGGAUAAGCGUGGACGACUUUCUAAAUCUCUACAACAACUCACCGAGCAAAGUGAUAGUGGUUGACGUGCGCAGUAAUAUACAAUUCGAGAGGGGUGCUAUUCUCGGCAGUAUCAACAUUCCAUUCACAAGCGUGCAAUUGUCUCAAACUCACGUCGACACGCUCGGGCCGCAUGCAAAACCGUUGAUAGAUAAUAAGAGCAGCGUCGUAGUGAUUAUUGGACCGCACAAUCAAAACAAUGCGCUGUUUGCAGACUUUCUGGUAAAAUGCAACGUCGUAGGAGUCUGCUCCCUGCAAGGUGGAAUUAACGCGUUACGCUCCAAGUCUCCGAAUAUCAUAGUACCUGCACGCUAAUUGAAUUACGUAAUUGAGUUACUAUAAUACAUAUAAUACUCAGAUUUAUUCAUACGAUACAGUACAACUGAUAUUAUAUGACCUCUAAAACAUGUAUAACGAUCUUGUAUAAUUUUGUUAUAAAAAAGAUUUCAUUGUA